UGUUUCUUUCUCUCCCGCCUCCCUUUCCACCUCUUUUCUUCCCUCUUUCUUUCCGUGGGUUCAGCACAAGCUGCCCGGACAUUUAGCUCCUUUUUCUGCACUGGGGAAGCCGACAGAGAUGGGACGACUCGGUUUCAGCACCACGGAGAGCGCCCGACUUCUGCUGCUCACCGUGUUCGGUGUGCUGGCGCUGUCCGUGGUGCUGGCAGAGCAGGAAGGGGAAAACCUGUCUGGUCUUUCCGACAACCCGGACAAAGCCAUCUUCGCAGUGCGGGAGAACGGCACAACAUGCCUGAUGGUGGAGUUCGCCGUGAGAUUCCUUGUGCCAUAUGACGUGCUUGCGCUCAAUGGGAUAGACCUGAUCACCGAGCAGGCGGCUUUCACUCUGCCCCGCGGGGCAGAAAUCGAGGGGAAAUGCGGGAGUACAGAGUCAGAAAUCCACAUAACCUGGAAGAACAACGCCUACACUCUCCGCAUCUACUUCACUAAGGAGUUCCGUGACAAGGGCAUCGAGGUGUGGAAGAUUACCAGGGUUCAGUUCAUCUACGACACCGCGGAGACUUCGCAUUUCAUCAACGCAUACAACCGUGAGUCUCCCGCUGAGCCCAUGUGUAGAGUAGCCACUCAGCACGUUUCUAUCCUGCCUGCACUGGUCGCAACAAGCUCAUCUCACAUUAACAUGCAGCUGGAAUCACAGCUGAUUCAUGCAGGAAAUUAUGAACUGCGCCCACGUUCAGACACGAGCUGUGCCCACGCUCACACGAUUUUCAGGUUCACGUUAUUAUUCAUUUCAAAUUUGCCACACAUACAAUUGUUAUUUUUAUUAUUAUUGAUUCAAUAUAGGGUUUAAUGUUUCUAUUAUCUUUGCCGCAUUUGUUUAUGAUCUUGGUGGUAACUCAAGAUCCAAAUCAUUCACUAAAAAUUUUAUAUGAAUAUUGAUAUUACAUUGAAUCUUGAUU